AUGGGCGGAGCCACACAGGGACGAUAAACCCACUCUGAAGUCGCCCGGGUGGGGGAUAAAAAUAGUGAAAAUCGCCGCCCCGCUUUCACCGACGACUGUUUAUAUCUCAUCAUUUCAACAAAGAGAGGGAGGCCAGCCCAGGAUGAACGGCGAUUCAGGUGCCGGAGUGGUGACGGCUCCCCCUCCCACCACAGCCCCCCACAAGGAGCGGUACUUCGACCGGGUGGAUGAGAGCAGCCCGGAGUACCAGAGGGAGAGAAACAUGGCUCCCGACCUGCGGCAGGACUUCAACAUGAUGGAGCAGAGGAAAAGGGUCUCCAUGAUACUACAGAGCCCGGCAUUCUGCGACGAGCUGGAAACAAUGAUCCAGGAUCAACUGAAGAAGGGGAAGACGCCUACGAGCCUGUUGGCUCUGCAGCAGAUCGCUGACUUUAUGACCACCAGCAUGCCUUCAAUGUAUCCUGCUGCACCACAAGGAGGCAUGGCAGCGCUCAACAUGAGUUUGGGUAUGGUGACUCCAGUCAAUGACUUGCGUGGGUCAGACUCUAUCUCAUAUGAUAAGGGUGAGAAGCUGCUUCGCUGCAAGCUGGCUGCUUUCUAUCGCCUCACUGACUUGUUCGGCUGGUCCCAGCUUAUCUACAAUCAUCUCACAGUCAGGGUGAACUCAGACCAGGAGCGCUUCCUUAUUGUCCCUUUUGGGCUGCUGUACAGUGAAGUCACUGCGUCCAGUCUGGUGAAGAUAAACAUUCAAGGCGAGGUAGUAGACCGGGGAAGCACCAACCUCGGGGUCAACCAGGCCGGCUUCACGCUACACUCUGCUAUCUACGCUGCACGGCCUGAUGUCAAGUGUAUCGUGCAUGUACACACACCCGCGGGUGCUGCGGUGUCAGCCAUGAAAUGCGGCCUGCUGCCCAUCUCCCCUGAGGCACUGUCUCUGGGUAAGGUGGCCUACCAUGACUACCAUGGUAUACUUGUGGAUGAGGAAGAAACCGCCAUCAUACAGAGGAGCUUGGGGCCUACCAGCAAGGUGCUCAUCCUGAGGAAUCAUGGUUUGGUGUCUGUGGGUGAAACUGUGGAGGAAGCUUUUUAUUACAUCCACAACCUGGUCACUGCCUGUGAGAUUCAGGUGCGAACACUGGCCAGCGCUGGAGGGCCAGAUUAUCUGGUGUUUCUGGACCCGGAGAAAUACAAGUCUCGCCCACGGGUCCCUGAGCCAGCCGGAGACGGGUCCUCUACUUACCCCAAGUGGCAAGUCGGGGAGCAGGAGUUUGAGGCUCUCAUGAGAAUGCUCGACAACUUGGGCUACAGGACGGGCUAUCCUUACCGCUGCCCGGCCCUGCGAGACAAAGCUAAAAAGUACAGUGACGUGGAGACCGCUCCCUCCGCCCACGGUGGUUACUCCUACGGGGAGGACAGUGACUCAGGUGCUCGCUCCCCGCUGAAACACAGCUUCCAGCGUGGCCAGCGUGACAAGACCCGCUGGCUCAAUGCCGGCGGCCGGCCCGACGAGCCUUACGAGGACGGGCCCGACGGCAGCAGCCCCAAGUCGAAGCCUAAGUGGACAAAAGAAGAUGGACUCCGCCAGGCUGCCGUAGCCAAUCAAUUCAUCCCAUUGAACACCAACCCAAAAGAAGUCCUGGAAAUGAGGAAUAAGAUCCGGGAGCAGAACCUGCAGGACAUAAAGACAGCAGGGCCCCAGUCUCAGGUUCUGUGUGCCGGCUCUGUGGUGGAGCGCUCCUUCAACCAGAGAUUGUCAAUCUGGCAGGACGCCCCUCUGUCUGACUGUACAGACACUAUUGAUGGCCUCGAUGUGUCCGAGGGGUCCUAUAGUCCUGCUAAAUCAAUUAGAAAGGGGGAGCUGGUGACCGCGUCUAAGGCCAUCAUUGAAAAGGAGUACCAGCCCAAGGUUAUCGUCAGCAAGCAGGGUCCCAACCCCUUCACCAAACUCACCGACCAGGAGCUGGACGAAUACCGCAGGGAGGUGGAGCAGAAACAGAAAGGGCCCGAAGUGCAGGGACAAGACGAUUAUAGGGAGGGAUCAGCCUCCGGUGAGCCCUCUCCAGAGGCUGAAAUGAGGGGUCGAGGGUCUGUCUCCACACCUCCACAGUCUGCAACUGACUCACCCAGCUUAGAGAAAGCCCCGCCUACAACUGCCACUCCGGCUACGCCAGCCUCUGAGCAGGGCUCCGUGGGGACAGUCACAGAUGACGUUUUUUCGACUGCAGACGAGGCUUUUUCAGCUCCAGAUUCCCCCCAAAAGGAGUUCCACUGCGCCGUUCUGCGAGCCCUCAGCAAGGAGCCGGCGGUAGUAGAAGCAGCUGAGGCAAAUCAGGCUCCAGAACCAGAGCAACUAGAAGAGCCUGAGGAGGAGGCAGCUACAGGCCAGAAACCCACCUCCACGCCCCCCAGCACCCCGGUCAGAGCAGAGGAAGAGUCCCUGCCAGAGCAAACCUAUAAGGAUGAUAGCGACGCAGCCACCCUGAGACAGACCCUUCCAGAUUUAACGCCCGACGACCCCUCCGACGCUCCAGCACUUCCUGCCGAAGACUCGGCCCCUGCCCCUGCCAACGCAGACGCAGCCGAGGGGGAGGAAGCCGCUGAGGCUGGCGACCAGGAGGGUGACGAGUCUCCCAGCAAAUCGCCCUCCAAAAAGAAAAAGAAGUUCCGCACUCCUUCCUUCCUAAAGAAAAACAAAAAAAAGACAGAUUCCUAGAUUGGAGAAUGUUGGAUCGGUCCUCAAGGCUGGCCUCUGCCUCCUUUUUAUUUUUGCUUUUUUGUCUGCUAUCAUUGCACCCUUCGAGCAAGCCACAGAGUUACACACAAUUAUGCUUUUUGUUGUUUUGAUAUCAUUUGUCGCUGGCUUAUUAACCUAUUUUUCCUUGUUAGUGUGUGCCAAUUUUAUAUACAGUGUAAAAAUGAUUGAUUGCAUAAAGGUUUUUCAUUAUUAGAGGCUUUUAGUUGUGAGUGAGUGAUGCAUCCUGUCUUGUCCACUCCAUCUGGCCUUUUAUGCAUGUCUAUUACUACAGGCCCACAUGCUUGAUGUGAGGUCUUUAGGGUUUUAUAACCCUCUUUUUUUUUUUUUAAGAAAAAGAAGAGUAUUAAUAAACUGUUGUAACCACUAGAAUGUAUUGGGAUUGUAUCAAAAAUAUGUCAAAGUGUCUUUUACAAAACAGUGAAUGCAGAAAGGAAAAAAAAGCUUGUACCCUCUCAUUUAACUGGUGGUUAAUUCUGACAGAGACGACUACAAAUUGCAUAGAGCUAAUUUUACCUCUGAAGCUGCGCACCCAUGUAAUUACAUGUUAGCAGGCCAGGAGAAGGAUAUCUUCAGUCCAUUAUUUACCCUGGGAAAAUGCAGUCAUUUAAAGCUCAUAUUAAUGUAUCCGCCAUCCAAUAUUUUUGAUUAAAUCCGCUGCAUAAGAGCUAAAAUCACAUCUGGAUGUUUGUUGACUUCUUUUUUUUUUUUUUUUUUUACUCAAAAAACUCAAUCUUCUACCCACAAAUAUUUGGCACGGCCUUACAGGUACGUUGAAUAGUGCUUUAGCUCUUUGAUGAUCUGAUGAUGAUUGGUUGGAUAUUUAUCAAAGCGGAUUUGUGAAGAGUAACUAUCUGCAGUGCUGCAAACCCACAGAUGGUAUUGUCUGAGCCUGGACAUGGUUCACAACAAAGAGUGAGUCAUCCCGGGAAGCGUCAGCAAGCAUUGUGUUGGCUGAUUGUUCCAAGGGUUGGUAAUGUGUUCACUACUGGCUCUAAGUCUUUAGUAUGAAGGAAUGUAUAAAAACAUUCAGUUUUUCAUUUAUUGUUUGAGCUCAGCUUUGUUUUGCAUUCGCCCCUUGAUUUCUGUCUAUGUUUGUGAAAGACAGAAUAUUAUGUGAGAUUACAUAUUUCAUUUUGUUCGAGAUUGUUUUUUUUGUUUUUUCUUCCUUUUACUUCCUGAGCCAUGAUUACUUGCUGUGAGAGAGCACUGUGAACCUCCUCCUUAUU